AUGAAAAAAAUUGUAAAGACUGCAGUUUCUAAUGCUCCAAGAAAGACAUUACAAUUUCAAGAAGCUGUAGACAAACCCCACAUUCAUGAGCCUUUAAAGUCUACAUUUCAUGUUGCUAUGCUUUUAUUGGGCUGUGGAGUCCAUUAUGAAAAUCCCAAGAAUGUCUAGGUCGUCAUCCCUUCUUCCAAAUAAGAUUAAAAUGAAAACUCUGAGUAGAUUAAUGCUGAAACCAAAGCAAAUAAUAGUCCAUAAAAACCACCUAAGUAAAAAUUAGAAAUAGGUACCAAUAUAUUAGAGGCUACUGCUCUUAGAACUAUUCUAAGUCAGCAAAAGAUCUAAACUAAGUACUUCUCCUUAAAUGGCAGUCUUCCUAUGGCACAUUUAGCUAAAAUCAAUUAGCCAGAUUAAAGAGAUCUGAUGGAAGAAAGCGCUAGACUUGUAAGAAAUACACGAGAUUUACGGUCUCUUGCAUCAUUGACAAAGAUAGAUUCUUUUAGAGCACUUAUAAUCCCAUCAUUUACUCACGAAUACAAUAAAUACCUCCUGGAAUAGGUAUAUAAUGUGCCUCUUAUUCGUUCUAUCAUUAAGGAAUUUCAUAUGCAGUAGCGCUAUAUUCUUGCUGUAGGUCCUACUAGCAUUUAACUAAUAAAUAAAACACUUGAUUUGUCGUAAAAUAAACUUAAAAUACACCCAGACAUUAAACAAAAAAAUCCUUUCGAUCUUAAAUACAACGAGGAAAAUAAAAUCAUCUACCUUCCCUACUAUCCUUAAUCUGUAGAUGAUCAUGUUGAUGGAGCAUAUAAACUCUAUGAAGGAAUUUUUUCAAGUGUAACCUCACUAAAAUAUAGAGUUUUGAAGGAAAGAGCAUAAGAACAUGAGAGAGAACAGCAACUCAAGUUAGAGUCAGGGUAAGCAAAGGCAGUUUUGCCAGCAGGUAAACCUAAGAUGGAAGAAAUCGAGGAUAAUAAAGAGGAGAUUUUACAGCUGGAAUAAAAAUGA